UCUCGAGAAAAAACAAGUGACACUAACCACUUCCACUCCCACGGCGGAAUCUUCACCGCAACAAACUCUCCGGCGAUCGUUCUCCACCGUCAAUCUUCCUUGCCACACCGGAAAUUUCAUUCUCUGCAUGUUUUCGUCUCAUCGAUUACGAUAAAUUUCUCUCAGAAUCGCAUAGGUUUAAGAAGAAACGUUGAUACGUUCAUGGAGAAGAGCGAAACGACGCUGGAUUUAGCUAAUCGGAAAUUUGCGCGGCAAUUGGAUUUCGCCGCCGCAUGUGGAGGUCCGUCGUACCUGACAUUGUCGCCACCGACGCCGCAGUCACUGUCAAAAACCAUUCCACGACCUCCGACACCGUCGUAUUUGCCACCUCCGGCGCAAAUGCAUUUGGAUUUUCAGUCACCAGUGAGACGGCCGUGGAAACAAUCACCACCACAGUGGCAGCAGCAGAGAACGUCACAGUCUCCGCCGGUGAUGCCGCAUUUUCAAUCACCGCGGCCGCAGUUAGUUUCGCCGGUUCAUCGAUUACCAUACUCCACACCAAAGCUUCCGGUGAAGAGGUUUCAAGCGCUAAACGAGUCUCCUAGCCCUAGAUCACAGUCUCAAAAUAAAGCAGGGUUAAAGGACAACACUCUAAAGAAGCAAAAACGAUGUAACUGCAAAAAUUCCAAAUGCCUUAAACUGUACUGUGAGUGCUAUGCAGCUGGGAUCUAUUGUGAUGGUUGCAACUGUCAAAAUUGUCAUAAUAAUCUGAACAAUGAGGCUGCCCGAAAGGAGGCAAUUGGAAUGACACUGGAAAAAAAUCCAAAUGCUUUCAGACCAAAAAUUGCAAGCAGUCCGCAAAAACCAGAAGUUUCUAUGGAGGAAGUGUCUGAAAUUCAAUUGAUAGGAAGGCACAAUAAAGGAUGUCACUGCAAGAAAGGUUGCCUAAAGAAGUAUUGUGAGUGUUUCCAUGCCAACGUCCUCUGCUCUGAAAAUUGUAAAUGCAUUGACUGCAAGAAUUUUGAAGGAAGUGACGUAUGGAGAAUAGUUUUACAAGAAGAGUGUAGUCUAGUUCAAAUCAGACAAGCAACUAAUGCUGCCAUUAACGGAGCAGUUGGAUUUGGACCCUCCAUCUCUGGAACCCAUAUAACACCCAAGAAGAGAAAAAUCCAGGAAAGUUUUUCUGGCAAAUCACUCACAGAUCAACCUGUUAGCAUGACUGCUCAACACCAACGGGAACUUGAUCCUAUAGCUUCAUCUCCCUUAUCCCUGUCAGCUUCCUUUGUUUCCGACACUGCCUAUAAAAGAAUUUCAAGACCUAAAUUCAGGUCUGUGCUGGCUGAUGUCCUCCAGACACAGAAUGUGAAAAAUCUUUGUUCACUUUUAGUUGUUCUCUCCAAAGAAGCUGCAAAGACAAAUGCAGAAAUGAGAGGGAAAGCUGCUAGGAAAAUAAAGACCGAGAAAUAUGAAGCUUCUAUUGCUUCAUCAUCUCAAUUGCUGCAAGACAGUAGAAAUGUUGUCAGGGCUUCGGAGAAUCAUGCAAAUAAAGAUGUAGCAGAUGCAGUAGAUAUUGACAUUCAUAAUAGGCCACUGUCACCAGAAACACUUAAAUUGAUGUGUGAUGAACUGGAUGAGAUGUUUUUCGGUAAUGGUUCUGCAAAUGGAGUUGCAAUUGACAAUGCUUAUCAGAACAUGAUUCAAAAGUCUUCCAACUCUGAUGGAUACACUGCUGUUUAUGCAGAGCAGGAAAGGCUUAUCCUGACCAAGUUCAGGGAUGUUCUUGGAGAACUGAUUAUUCUUGGUAGCAUUAAAGAAACAAUGCACUCUUCAUCAGUGAAGAAAGAUGUUAGUAUCGAGAAAACACCUAAAAACAAUGGUGAUAGUGGUGCUGAAACUAAGGGGAUUCUUCUCAACAACUGCACUGCCAAUUGCUCAAUCCCAGUGGCUACCUAUGCAAGAACUAAUGGACAUGAUACUACUGAUCUUUCAUUGAGGUUGCCUGCCGAUUGAACAACCGGAAGUGGUAAUCUGAUGUAUCGUGAAAGACUUCCUUUUUCUUUUAACAGGACUGAAUUUGAAUUGUGAAGGACUUCCUAGUGACCUUACGUGUAUAUUGGAGUUAAGAAAAGGUUACCAGUUUUGUUGUGCAGCCCGUAAGUGAUGCUGCUCAUGUGCAUAUAGUUAGAUUGGUCCCAAUCUCUUUCAAAUAUUUUGUCUGGAAUAACUAUCAACUUGACUCAACCGCAUGUAACUGGAACCUCUUUAGUGACGUUGAUAACCAAGUCUUGGCAUGGACACAGAUAACUUUUGUGUUUACUUUCAACUUUUCAAGGAUAUUGAUAACACUAUGUAAUGUCCACGGAAAAAACCAUUUUUGAUCUCAGAAACUUAUCUCCGAAAUAUAGCCGCUAUAAGGCACAAGUACUCAUUCAUAUCAUUUCAUGUCGGAAUUCAACAUCAGGGUGACAGAUCUCACUAAUAAAACUCACUUGUGUAUUUUCAAGUUGAGGGAAUCUAUACGAGUUAAAAUAUUAAAUGGUGAUUGGUGGGGUCUCACAAGUUUUCACUA